GCAGAAGUCAGUGAUGAGAAACGGCACAGUAACAUCAUUCAUUCUGCUGGGACUGACUGAUGACCCUCAGCUGCAGGUUCUGAUUUUUAUCUUUCUCUUUCUCACCUACAGGUUGAGUGUAACUGGGAACCUGACCAUCAUCACCUUCACCUUUGUGGAUUCCCACCUGAAAACACCUAUAUACUUUUUCUUAAAAAAUUUUUCCUUCUUAGAGAUCUCAUUCACCUCUGCUUGUAUUCCUAGAUACUUGUAUAACAUAGCAACAGGUAACAAGGUCAUUACCUAUAAUGCCUGUAUGAGCCAAGUGUUUUUUACCGACAUUUGUGGAACAACAGAAUUUUUCCUCCUGGCCGCCAUGUCCUAUGAUCGCUAUGUGGCCAUCUGCAAACCCUUGCAUUACAUGACCAUUGUGAGCAGCAGAGUCUGCGGGAUUCUCAUUACCUGUUGUUGGAUGGCUGGUUUCUGUGUAAUAUUCCCACUAAUAUGCCUUUGUUUAAAUCUGGAGUUUUGUAAUUCUAAUGUGCUUGACCAUUUUGCCUGUGAUGCAUUUCCCCUUGUGAAAAUCUCAUGCUCAAACACAUGGAUUAUAGAACAGACUGUUAUCAUCUCUGCUGUGCUGACCCUAAAUAUGACUCUUACUUGUGUAGUUCUGUCAUAUGGUAGCAUAAUCAGGACAAUAUUUAGAUUCCCCACAGUACAACAAAGGAAAAAGGCCUUUUCAACUUGUUCUUCCCACAUGAUUGUGGUUUCCAUCACCUAUGGCACAUGCAUUUUCAUCUGUAUGAAUCCAACAGCGAAGGAAGAAGUGACCAUUAAUAAAUUGGUUUCACUGCUUAUUUCUUCUGUUUCCCCAGCUUUGAACCCAUUUAUUUAUACCCUGAGGAAUAAUCAAGUUAAGAAAGCUUUCAAGGGCUCAUUUGAAAGGCUUGCAUUGUUCUCAACUAAGUAA